AUGUUAUCGUUGAGCCCUGAAGAUGUGAAUGAAGCGCAGAGUGAUUUGAUGGAUGAUCGAAAACAAGCCUACACAAUAUUCGUGGCAAAUUCACUGAAACUUGAAGGAAUCAAAACGGAACUCGAAGAUAUUGGUGAAUUCGACAAAGAUCCGAAAUGCCCAAAUUUUGAAUUCCCGCUCGAGUUCACGAGAGAAGAAAAAGAUGGGCGUAUAUUCGUCACUAAUAUUUCAUCGAAGUGA